AUGGCGCAAUACUUCUUCGAUCUUCUCUACAACUUCACAGAUUGCAUGUGCUGUUUCCCCAGCACGCCGCAAUUAAAGAUCAACAAUCGUAGCUUUAAAUUGCUCCGACUCCUCGGUGAGGGUGGUUUCUCUUAUGUCUACCUCGUUCAAGACAAAUCGACCUCGGAACUGUUUGCGCUGAAGAAGAUCCGGUGUCCCUUCGGUCAGGAGUCCGUUUCCCAGGCGCUGAAGGAAGUGGAGGCCUACAAUCUGUUCACUACCCAGAACAACAUCAUUCAGUCCAUCGACCACUGUGUGUCCACCGAAUCCGGCUCGAAAUUCCGCGCCGAUGGCGGCGACGCAGGAUCGAAGACGGUCUACAUUCUCCUACCAUACUAUCAACGGGGUAACCUACAAGAUGCCAUCAAUGCGAACCUCGUCAACCAUUCCCGCUUCCCGGAGAAGCGCUUGAUGGUGCUGAUGCUCGGCGUUGCCAAUGCGCUUCGAGCGAUGCAUCUCUACCGUGUGAAAAGCGGUACGGGUCCUACACGCAAGGCUAAAGCUGUGAGGAGAGAGGGUGCAGAGGCAGAUGCGGACACUGCUAUGCGGAUGCCGAAACCGAAGCGACGCACCAGCCAAAAUGUGGAUGAAGAAGAAGAGAACGAGCCAUUGAUGGAUGACGAGGUCACAAUAAGUCAGGAGGGCGUGCAAGACGGCGAUCUUCGCCCGUAUGCCCACCGGGAUAUCAAGCCCGGAAACAUCAUGAUCGCCGAUGAUGGCCGUACACCCAUUCUCAUGGAUCUCGGAUCGUUAGCACCCAGCCCCAUUGCUAUCACCUCCCGGUCGCUCGCCUUGGCCGUCCAAGACACUGCUGCGGAACACAGCACGAUGCCGUAUCGGGCACCCGAACUGUUCGACGUCAAGACGGGUUCGAUUAUUGACACAAAGGUGGAUAUCUGGUCGUUAGGAUGCACGCUCUACGCCUGUCUGGUAGGCAAGAGCCCCUUCGAAGCCCGCAGCGAAGAGACAGGUGGCAGCUUGAGCAUGUGUGUAUUGGGUGGUGAUUGGCGAUUCCCCGACGAGAAAUCGAGUGCGACCAAGGGCAAGGGCAAGGCCGGUGGCGAUGAUAGCCGCAAAGAUAACACGAUGCAGAUCAGCGCGCCCGUAAAGGACGUGGUCCGCAAGUGCCUGCAGGUGGAGCCUGCAGACCGGCCGGACAUUGAUGAGCUGAUACAAAUCCUGAAAGAUGUUAUCAAGGAUCUUCCUGAGGAGGAUGACAUUGCCAGUGGUUCCAGCUAG